ACACUAAUCGACUGCUUCUUUCGAGAUGCUAAGAAUAGUGUAAAGAAAGACUUUCUUGGUCCUUUCGAAGCAGAUAUUCGUACGCCUAUUGGGUCAUUUGAGGAUGGUACUGGUUUCGGCUUGACUGCUUUCCUUGGUUUCCUUUUGCCCAGUGGCUCAGUAGCCUUUGCAGCUAAGAUUCUGUUACACCCGCUAUCGAAUCAGCUCUUGGGGGAUAUCAUAGGUAAGAAUGAAGCCAAUGUCCUUCAAAAAGGGAUUGACCUAAGGCUUGCUUUUCACUUCACACUUCAAGCUUCCGCCGAUAUUGCCAACAAGGGGUUUGGUGUGGACAUUUUGGCUUGGGCGCCAAUUUUUGAUUUGAGUGGAGGUUGGUUUCAGAACCAAAGAAGUAGGCGGCCACCGAAUAGAAAUUCAAGCAGUGAGCGCUCAUUAGACCAGUUUAAGGAUGGGAAUGCAUGCUACGAAAGAUAG